CUGGAAUCUUCGCUUACUGUUCCUGCGCAUCCAACGCAUUGCCCGAGUACAGCUCACCUGUAUUCCUUAGGCCAACACAUACCUUGUGUGUUGUAUGUGCUUUGCAAUCUACUAUAUCAAAGCCCGCGUAGGUUCAUGUCGCACUGUCACAUGUACACAUGGCCGAUGCAAUCCCCAAGAUCAUCACCACGCCUGCCGGUCGAAGCGCCGCUGUCCAGAGGCAGGAAACCGCAUCCUCGACCACGAUUGACGCGCCGUUGUCGAACAAGAAACUUGUCGCAAAGCUAAGAAGCCCUACAGCAUCACCUGCGCAGCAACAUAAUGAUGCGCAACAAAAUGGAGGAAGCUUGGGGGGUGCGAUAGGAUUAUCGGAAACGCCCUUGGAUCCGCUCUCGCAACAAAUCUUCAAUAGAACAAAUACGUCACCUGCGGCUCAGAAGCUUCGGUCGCAGAACUCGGAGCCCGUCGCAAGUCAAUUACCGAUAGAGUCAAAUGAUAUUGGCAUGGAUAAGGUUAGUGGUGAGACAGCUCGCGGCGCUGGUGGGAAUAAGGCCGAUAAGAAAAGAGUAUCGUUUCUUAGUCGCUUUAUGGGCAGCACCAAGAAAAAGAGCAACCCGGACGGUAUAAGCGACAAUGGCUCCGAACCAGACGACCCACGUCACGAGGGUAUGAAUGCCCAGCUCUAUGUCAACAACCUCAGUUUCAGUCCAAAAACCCCACAUCCCCCGGCAUACAUCAAAGUAAGGGCAAGGUUCAAGAAGGAAAAGGAGUUUGAUCGCGUCUUUCUCGCGCAGGAGCUGCGAUAUGGGUCAGGAAGGAAAAGCCCGCCGGCUGCUGGAUCAAAUCCAGCGCCGCAAUCUGGAUCUGCAGCUACACACAAUCCGAUCUGGGCCGUUGAAUUCAGCAAGGAUGGAAGAUAUCUUGCUGUUGGUGGACAGGAUCGGGUGAUUAGGGUAUGGGCCGUCAUAGACAGUCCAGAACGACGUCGAGCGCACGAAAACACUGAAAGAGAUCGACAUGCGCACCAUGAAGAGGCCAAGCACCUCAGUGCGCCAGUAUUUGAGCAGAAGCCAAUUCGUGAAUACCAAGGACACACGUCGACUAUCUUGGAUUUGAGCUGGAGUAAGAAUAAUUUCCUCUUAUCUUCAUCAAUGGACAAGACCGUACGCCUGUGGCACAUAAGCCGCGAUGACAACUUGUGCACGUUCAAGCAUUCCGACUUUGUGCCUUCGAUACAGUUCCAUCCGACCGAUGAUCGAUUUUUCCUCGCUGGAUCCUUGGACGCGAAAUUACGGCUUUGGAGUAUUCCGGAUAAAAGUGUUGCAUACUCAACGACAGCUCCAGACAUGAUCACAUCAGUCGCCUUUACACCCGAUGGAAAGACGUGUAUAGCGGGCACGCUUGGUGGACUUUGCCUAUUCUACGAUACCGAGGGCCUAAAGUGGCAGGCGCAACUCCAUGUCAAAUCGACCAGAGGUCAGAAUGCAAAGGGCAGUAAAAUCACAGGGAUUCAGGCAACGUAUUGGCCACCGGGUAGCGACGAUGGUGAAGUCAAACUUCUGGUGUCGAGUAAUGACUCAAGACUGCGGAUAUACAAUAUGAAGGACAAGACGCUGGAGAUGAAGUUCCGUGGCCAUCAAAACAUGUGCAGCCAAAUCCGAGCAACUUUUGCUGAUGGCACCGGACACAUUGUGUGCGGAAGUGAGGACCGUAAAACGUACAUUUGGUCGACAUCCGCGCUGGAAGGCGGCGAGAAGAGAGACCAGCGGCCAGUGGAAAUGUUCGAAGCUCACAAUUCAAUCACUACUUGCGCGAUCAUCGCACCCAUGCAGACAAGACGGCUUCUGAGCGCAUCAGAAGACCCGAUCUUUGACCUCUGUAAUCCACCACCGGUUACAUUGGUUUCAAAGGCGGAGUCUGUAGUAUCAUCGCGAGCGCCUACGGAGACAGGAUCAGCACAUCUGACACCUGCAGCUACAGACACGCGGUUCAAGAAGGCGGCUGGAAGUCCAGCAUAUAUUGCGCGCUCUGCACAUCGCGGAGGCAACAUUAUCGUUACAGCAGAUUAUACUGGUGCUCUCAAGGUGUUUCGACAGGACUGUGCAUUCCAGAAACGCAUACGACAGAGCGAGCAGUGGGACACUACUUUAAUGAAACGAGCAUCCGUCAUCGGCCGACCAAGCAGCAUAAUCUCACGUACCAGCCGGUCUCGACGAGACAGUGUAUCUACCCAGCCACCCAACGACCGCAUCAUGACCUGGCGACAAGACAUCACUCACGGCAGCAUCGACUCUGGCACCUCCCUUUCCAUCCGCAGCGCCUCACCCCGCAAAUCCCUCGCAGCCCUAAACCUCAACGCCUCGCCCUCCUCCCGCUCCCAUUCCCCCGUCCUCCGCCCCUUAAAAACAAACGAUACCCCCGGCACCUCCUCCUCCCGCGACCCAAGCACACCCCCCAUCUACAGCACUACCCACUCUUCCACCUCCUCCCUGCACAAACACCCCGAAAAACACGACCUCGAUGACAUCGAUUCUCCUCUUCCUACUGCCCCCCGCAACAACGACGACAUCGACACCACAAACCCCCUCCUCCAACUCUCCGACCCCAUUUCCAAUCCUCUAGCCCUACUGAAUGGUCAAAGCUGGCUCUUCUGGACGAGCAACGCGAAGAAACCUGUGGGUGGUGUAGCGGCGAAUACGCGCCCGGAUUUACUGGGAAGAACAAGUUCGACGAGUCAGGUUAGUCGGUUGACGGAUGAGAGGAGUGAGGGGGGGUCAUUUGAGGAGGGGAGGGGGAGGUAGAUGGUUGC